CGGCAGGACCGUAGUAUUGGGACGGAGGUCUUCUAUGACCGGUCUGGAUGAUUGGAUACUGUCUGUAAGCGAGCCAGCUUCGGCUUUCGGCCUAUAACGACCAAUGGCCGACUGCUCCAGUCGGUUGGAACAAGAGAAUGGCCUUUAUAUUCUGUUCACCGGAACAGCCUCCGCACCCGAAGCGGCCAAAGCCCGGUGGAAAUGUCAAUGCGCCAUCUCGGAGCCGCUGCCUAUAGGCUGGCUAAAUCGUGCAAUUCAAAAUAUAAUAGGUGGAAGCUUCAUGAUUUGCCAAUUUACCCAGAUUAUUCACAGCAGUUUUUCCGCCUGUCAGUGUCAGCUCACUCUGCAGCACAAGUUAUGGAAUAUAUGGGGAAUCGGUCCCACCAGAUUCUGCGAUCUGCGCUGUCUUUUGAUCUUCUCCAGUUUCCUCCGCACUUGAGCUGAUCUGAGCUGACUGCAGGUACAAUGGGGAAGGGCUACACCAUCGGCCUCGCUGCCUUUGCAGCGACAGGGAGUUUUCUGUUUGGUUAUGAUUCCGGUGUUAUGACGGAUGUGAUUGCGUCGCCGCAUUUCUUGAAUUUCUUCAACACGACCAAGACGUCUUCUAUUAUCGGCGCGAUUAAUAGUACUUUUUCUGGCGGAGCAUGCGUUGGAGCACUCACGGCCGGUCUGACAAUCGACCGUCUCGGUCGUAGAGGCACGAUCCAAAUCGGCGGGUUCAUUGCCAUGAUCGGGGCCAUUCUGCAAUGCGCUGCGAAGAAUCUGGCGAUGAUCCUGGUCGGGCGAAUUAUUGCGGGCUGGGCUGUUGGGAUCCUUAGUAUGUCGGUGCCGGUUUACCAGGCUGAGUGUGCGCAUCCGCGGAGUCGUGGAUUGAUUGUUGGUCUUUCGCAGCAGAUGAUCGGUGUUGGGUUUAUUGUCAGCACAUGGAUCGGCUACGGCUCUCUACACGCGCCAGACACAAACUCCGUGCAGUGGCGAUUCCCACUCGCCUUCCAGGCCUUGCCGGCCAUCAUGCUCGCCGUCGGGAUGUUCUUCCUCCCCGAGUCGCCCCGGCAUUUGAUCGAGAAGAACAAGCACGAGGAGGCGAUGAAGAUCAUGAGGCGGCUGCACUAUGAUGGCACGAACGAGGACUGGAUCCAGGGCGAGUAUAUCGAGAUCAAGACGACUAUUGAGGCCGAGAAGGAGAUUACCGCGCCUGGGUGGUUGGUUAUGUUCCGCGUGCCGCAGUGGCGCAAGAGAUUGCUACUUGGGACAUUGGUGCAGGUGUUUACCCAGAUGACCGGUAUCAAUGUGAUCAACUACUACCAGAAUAUCAUGUACGAAGCCCUCGGUAUCACCGGCAAUCGCGCCACUUUGGUAACAGGAAUCUACAACGUCGUCGGCCCCAUCGCAAACCUGAUCUUCAUCGUCUUCGUGCUCGACCGCGUCGGCCGCCGACGGCCUCUUCUCUUCGGCGCCGCAGGAAUAACCCUCGCCCUGGUAUGCGAAGCCGCAAUCAACUCGCAGAACGAAGACGGGACCCGCCACGGGUACAGCGUCGGCGGGGUAUUCCUCUUCUUCUGUGUGACUGUCUUCUUCUCGUUCUCAUUUGGACCAAUCAGUUGGGUGUAUAUGUCUGAGAUCAUGCCGAUGCAGAUCCGCGGGAAGGGGAAUGCGUUUGCCACGGGCAUUGGGAACUGGGCUGUUAGUACGCUCUGGAGUCAGGUUUCGCCGAUUGCGCUGGGGAAGAUUGGGUGGAAGUUUUACUUUUUGUUUGCCGGGUGGAAUCUUGUUGUGACGAUUCCGACGAUUUAUCUCUUCUUCAGGGAGACCAAGCAGAAGACGCUGGAGGAGAUUGAUUUGCUAUUCGGAGGUAGGGCUCUAGGGACGCUGAACAGCGAUCUUACUGGGAAGGGCUUGGAACCGCAGGGUGAGCAGGUCGAGAGGGUUGAGAAGGGAGCCAAUGUAUAGCAUAGUCAAGAGCAACAUCGUUGUAGACGAUGCAUAUAUUGCAGAAGGCAUUAUAACAACUGCCCUACGUUGACUCCAAAACAUUUCAUCUUUAUCUGAUAAACCUCAAUACCUUGGACGCCAUAUCCCUACAAAGUUUACGCAUCUCCCUUUGCAUUCGCAAUCGCAACCCCCAAUAACAACCCACACACCAUCGCCAUGAUAAUCGUCAGCGACACCAUCGCGCAGCAGAACCGCUGGUACCGCAUCUUAUGCUGCCGCGCGAUAAACUUGUCGCACGAUUCGCAGUGCACGUGGGGCUGGAAUGUCGAGGGUGGCGGGAGGGGAUUGAGGGAGCGACAUCCUCGGCGAGACGAUGACUGACAUUCAUUGAGGUAGGCGUGGUGGUGGCCUUGUGCUUGUUCUUCGUCUGGAAUGGUGUCGUUUUGGGGGACGGAGGAGUA